AUGCGCACAGAGAACACCGAAGACGAAGGCCGAGUGCUCAGGAACCAGUUCAACUACGGCGACCGAGCCUCACAGACGGAAACCAAGACUGUCAGAGAGCGAGGAGCAUCCACGAGACCACCCCCCACCGUACCCUUUGCUGGCACAGUCAACCAGUGGAUGAUGUACGACGCCUACGUGGAAGAGCUGAAUGCGCAGAGUCGGUCAGAGAACGACACAAAGGCCUGGCAGCAGCCGGAGGAGACUGAAAAAAGAAUACACGAAACGCCUCACAAGGACACCGACAUACUCAACUCGAUGAAGUGGGCUGUCAAGCUGACCGAACGCGUGGUUAACCACAACACGGAGAUCGAGACUUACCAGAAAUUCAGGUUUUUCAAAGCGCCUGCGGGCGCUGCAGCAGACGCCGUGUUUCUUCCUCUCUGGCAGUUCCACUUUUCCAAGGUGAAGAAGAAAGACGCGACUGGUCUCAAAUGGAACCCGCGGUACUCAGACCUCUUCGCCGCGGGAUACGGCAGCUUCGAAUUUCAAAGACACGGCAGCGGCUUUGUUUGCUGCUACAGUUUGAAGAACACGAGCUAUCCCGAGUAUUUCUGGAAGACAGAGUCGGCGGUGUGCAGUGUCGACUGGAACCCCCACAGUCCAUCGCUCCUCGCCGUUGGUCUCUACGACGGCACUGUCCUCGUUUUCGACAUUCACUCAAAAGAUCGGAAACCAACACACGCCAGUACAGUGAAAGUCAACAAGCACACGGAUCCUGUCUGGGACGUACGAUGGGAUGGCGACAAUUCGAGCAGCGCUCUUCGAUUUUAUUCCGUUUCUGGAGACGGCCGAGUCACCAGCUGGUCACUCAUGAAGAACAAACUCGAAUCUGAGGAAGUCGCUCUCCUCAAGUUGGAUUACAGCCAAGUCUCGACUCCGAGGGACUCUGCAGAUGCGACAGCGCUCGUUGGCGUCGCGGCGGGCACCUGCUUCGAUUUCCAUCCUACGCAGCCUCACAUCUUCGUCGUCGGCACUGCGGAAGGCGUCAUCUUCAAAUGCUCGAAAAACUACAGUGGACAGUAUCUGCAAACCUACCUCGGCCACGACAUGUCGAUUACGGGGUUGGAGUGGAAUCCUUUCCACCCUCGCAUUUUCAUCUCCAGUUCCUCAGACUGGACAGUGAAGAUUUGGGAGGAGUCCGUCAGCUCGCCAGUGCUGACCUUUGACUUCGAGGUGGCCGUGGCCGACGUUCGAUGGGCACCGCUCAGCUCCACAAUGUUCGCCGCUGCAACUACGGACGGAACAGUCCACCUGUAUGACCUAGACGUGAACCGGCGGAAACAAAUCGGCUCUUUCAAGGUUUGCUCAGACGCCGCCCUGACGCGCCUCUGCUUCGGCAACAACAGCACCCUCCUCGCUGCGCAAGAGGGCGGGAAAAUCGCGACGUUAAAGUUGUCGACUCCCGAGUCCACUUUGGAAAUCGCCGAAGGCAAAACAGAAGCGGAAGCGAGGACGGAGAAGAUGAACGCAGUUCUCGCCAUUGUCUCCGACCUCUUCCAGGCGCCGAGUCCCACUGGUGGCCAGUUACCCCAGGCGCUUCAGCGCGUGUGUGAUGAACACAGCACUCCGCCUCGAUCUUUUUCUUCGCCGUGA